UUGUGUUUCUGUCUCUUCUCUCAUCUAACUCUUUCCCUCCCUCCACAUCCCUAUCCGCUCCAUCGCUUCUCUCACCGUCGAUGUCUCCUCGUGCUCUUCCCGUCGGUCACUUCCUCUUCACUUCAGAGUCUGUUGGGGAGGGUCACCCUGACAAGAUCUGUGACCAGGUCUCCGACGCGAUUCUCGAUGCCUGCUUAGCCGAGGACCCCAUGUCCAAGGUUGCUUGCGAGACUGCCUCUAAAACUGGAAUGAUCAUGGUCUUUGGCGAGAUCACGACCAAGGCCAAGCUCGACUACCAAAAGGUCAUCCGCGAGACCAUCCGGAAGAUUGGCUACGACGAUUCCGAGAAGGGCUUUGACUACAAGACCUGCAACAUCCUGGUCGCGAUUGAGCAGCAGUCCCCGGAUAUCGCUCAGGGUCUGGACCACGGCUCGCUCGAGAGCCUCGGUGCCGGUGACCAGGGAAUUAUGUUCGGAUACGCGACGGAUGAGACGGAGGAGUGCAUGCCCUUGACGAUCAUGCUCGCCCACAAGUUGAAUGCGGCCAUGUCGGUUGCUCGCCGUACCGGAGCCCUUCCUUGGUUGCGCCCUGACUCGAAGACCCAAGUCACCGUCGAGUACAAGAAGGAGGGUGGUGCCACCAUUCCCCUGCGCGUGGACACGGUCGUGAUCUCGACUCAGCAUGCUGAGGAGAUCACGACGGAAGAGUUGCGCAAAGAGCUCCUGGAGAAGAUCGUCAAGCAGGUCAUUCCCGCCAACCUCCUUGACGAGCACACCGUCUACCACAUGCAACCUUCUGGUCGCUUCGUGAUUGGCGGUCCUCAGGGUGAUGCUGGUCUGACUGGUCGUAAGAUCAUUGUCGACACAUACGGUGGAUGGGGUGCCCACGGUGGAGGUGCUUUCUCUGGCAAGGACUUCUCCAAGGUCGACCGUUCGGCUGCCUACACUGCCCGCUGGAUUGCCAAGUCCCUCGUUAAGGCUGGCCUCGCUCGCCGCGCCCUUGUUCAGCUCUCUUAUGCUAUCGGUGUCGCCGAGCCCUUGUCGAUCUACGUUGACACUUACGGAACCGGCAAAAAGUCGGACGAGGAACUCGUGACCAUCAUCCGCAACAACUUCGACCUGCGACCUGGUGUCAUCGUCCAGCAACUCGACUUGCAGAAGCCUCAGUACCUCCGGACCGCUUCGUACGGUCACUUCGGCAAUCCCGACUACACCUGGGAGAAGCCCAAGACCCUCAAGCUCUAAAGUGCUUCCCUCCACAUCAUUGGGUCCUGGCUCAGCUCAACCUCACUCUCAUUUCGUCUUUGCAUCGGAAGUUCAUCCUUCCUUGACCUGUCACAACAUCAUUCUGUGUUUUUAGAGCAAAAUAUCCUAAAAUGCCAGUCGUCUCGGGCAGGUUGUAGACUCGGGGAUCUGGCGGGCAGUAAAAAAAUGUUAUAAUCUGUAUAGUAGCAUAGCUAGUAUGUGCAUGAAUAAGCGCGCUCAACCGCGUAUUUCUGCUUCCACGUUUUCGUUUUCUCAGAAUGUUCGAGUUCA